AUGAAAAAGGGAUUUAAAAUAGAGUAUAACUUUGAAACUGUAUAAAUAUGGGAGGAAUCAAUUGAAGCAUUAUAAUUAUAUGAUCCUAACUAUGUAAAUAUUAUGAAUGAUAUAGAAAUAAAUACAAAUAAAACCUCAGAAUUUAAUUGAGUAUGUCCUUAAUACAAUUGAUUUAAUGGCUCAAGUACGUGGUUACAAUUAAGAUAGCUUUAUCAUUGCCUUGAUUAAUUAUUGUGUAAAAUGUUUAUAAUACAUUUUUAAAAGGAAAGAACAAAAAAGAAAUCAAAAUCCUUUAUGACAGGGUUUAUUAAUUCAUUUAAAGAAUAAAUUAAUGAUCCUGAAUUGUCUUAUUUUACUCAAUUAUUGGAUCCAAAUAAAUUGAUGGACAAAACACCUUCCAUGUUUAAAUUCUAUCUAAAAGUUCGAAAAUAUAUAUAUACCAAUUACGUUAAUCCUAGAGAAUCAUAUAUCAAACCAAUUAAAUUUGAUGAUUGGGUGACUGUAGUCUCUAAAUUUUUGGAUAAUGCAUCAAUUCCUAUUAUUGGUAAUAGAAUAAGAGAUGAAUUGAAUAAUAACAGUACAGAUAAAGUAUUCAAAAAUACGUAUGAUUAUGUUGCAUUUACUAAAAGAUUAGUAUAUAACCAAUAGAGUUAUUGAUAUUUUGUUAUGAGGUCUAUGAGAAACAAUAAUUAGAUUAAGUUUAAAAAACAAAUUAAGAAUAUCAAUAGAAAGAAGAAUCUGUAAUUGAAUAAUAAUAAAAACGUUAAACUGCUCAAUAAUUAGCAUAUAAAAUGAUAAUGCCUAAUAGUUUAUAAAAAGUAUAAGAAGAUAAGCAUAGUGGUGAUUCAUAACAGAAAAUGAAGUUCAUUGAAGUUAUUAAAAUGCAUGAGAAUUUAGCUUAUAAUUAUAAAAUUUUGGCUAAUAAUAUUUCUGAUACAUAAGAUAUAGUUGGUUAAUUGAUUUAGAAGGUAUUAUUUUGAAAUAAAAAAAGAAUUAAAAUUAAGAUUUUGAUGAUGAUUUCAUAUAAUAAUUAGAAUAAGUUGUUAAUUUUAAAUCAUUUAGCAAGAAUGAUGCAAUAAAAGAGUUAGAAGAUUCAAAUAUAUAUGAUUUUAUAUGA